UUCAUCCGUAUUUCUGAUGACACUGAUGCUGAGGAUGUUCUGCGCCUUUUACAAGAGGAAUGGAAGUUAGAUUUACCCAAACUUGUCAUUUCUGUUGCCGGUGGAGGAAAAAACUUUUUCAUGCAUCCAAAAUUAAAGGAUUUGUUUCGACAGGGAUUGUUAAAGGUGCUUAAUUGUGUAAAGUCAAUCAUUGAUACACAUAAUCAUUGAUAGAAAUGUCAUCAUAAAAUAGUCUUUAGAUUCAGACUGCAAACUAUGUCUGAACCUAAGGCAAUGCUAACACUACAGCUAGGGUUCUAUCUAGGGUAUUUGAGGGGUAGAAGCUUCCCACCAAGAAUGCCCAGUUCCCCCCCCCCAAAAAAAAAUAUUGUCAUCAUUACAGUAUAUAAGUAACUAUAUCUGAAAAAUCAUCCAGACGCGACGAGGUCUGCAGUGCACACACUGUAACAUUUCUCAAAAUCUUGUCUCAAAAUGCAACAGAUUGCAUCUCAGCGCAUAUUCAUUUCAAAAAAUUUCCGUGGGGGGCAUGCACCCGGCCCCCCUAGGACGCUCGUUGCCGGACGUUUCCCCCAAAGGAUAAAUCCUAUAUAGAACCCUGAUAGUGGAUUGAUAGCGGAUAGCUUUUCCUGGCGCAACGAAAAGCUAUCCGCUAUAGUGUGAACGCAGCCUUAACGAUAUCACUCCAAAGAGUGCCUGAAGUAAAAACAGAGAAAAAAGAAGAAGAGAUUUCUUUUCCAAACUACCACAAAUUGACCUCUGAAAUAUUAGAAAAAGAAACAAAUGGAAAAGGAUCACUUAAGAGGAUUUCUUUUGAAUGAGCAAUAAGGAGCCAUAGGAUUUCAUCUUAAGACUCAAAAGUUAUAGCUUAACGUGCUAAACAAAUAGUACCAGACUCCAAAAUUAUAACUACAAAUAUAUACCAGAUAAACAGUACUAUGUGUAAGUACUACUGAAGAAGUAUCAUUUGAAUAGUCACUGCACAGGAUCUGGUCCACAGACUCAAAAGUUAGAGCUACAUACUAAGUGAAUAGCACCAUAUGAAAGUGCUGCUAAAGAAAUUGGCAUUUGAACGGUAACACCAUAGGAUUUCAUUUAGGCAGGAUUAGCUCAGUCGGUAGACCGCUUGACUGCAGAGUGGAAGGUCGCGGGUUCAAUUCCCGGGGCCGGACCAAUACUCAGGGUCUUCAAAUAACUGAGAAAUGAAGGUACCUCCUUUGCCCUGCAGGCGGCUGGACCUUCGCGUGGCUCGGAUGACCACGUAAAAUGGCGGUCCCGUGUCCAUUAGGAGACGUAAAAUAUAGUAUCCCCAAUUAGCACGUUCGUGCUAAAUACAUUGACACUCAAAUAAAGUUUUUUUUUUUUUAGAACUUCAUACUAAAUAAAUAGUACCAUGUGAAAUUACUGCUGAAGAGGUUUCAUUUGAAUGGUCACACCAUAAGAUUUUAUCCACAGACUCAAAACUUAGAACUACAGUCUAAGUUAAUACAAACUUGAUUUUAUAAAAUUGAACUGCUAAACUACUGGGUGAAGAGAUGAAUGCAGAGAUCAUUACAGUAAAUACGCAACUUACGUAGUUGCGAAAAGAAAGCGUAAUCAAAUUCAGGCUUGACCUGAGGUAGUCUUGUUUUCAUAUAUUUUUUCACCGGGCAGUUGAAUUGUGGGAAACUUAAAGGCAAAAUAAACCAAAAUUUUGACCUUUUUUAUUUUAGUUCAAUUCUAGUGAAAUGUGUUCAAUAUGAACCAAAUAAACAUACUAUGAAGUUUCAGCUCAAUUGAAACAAGUAUUUCCGAGAUAUUUGCAAUUAAAAAUUGCUAUUUUUUGGCCCUUAUCUUCGUACAGCGGUCGGAAAAAUUGUCGGAAAAAACAGCUUGUGACGUCAAUGUUGGUCAGGUGAAAAAAGCGGGAAAUUCAAAACAGAGUUUUUCGAGUCGACUUGGCACAGAAGUGGUUUUUGCAGCCGUAAACCUGGAAAGAACAGGCAAUUUGUCUUCAAAAGUUGCAAGCUGUGGUUAUAACCUUCUUAUUAUUUAAUUUUCUCGAAGAAUGCAUCAUAGUAAAACGGACUUUAACGACAUUUACUAAUUUCCUUGAGUUGUACUGGGAAUGUGCGUGCGUAGGUCCGAUUUUUUUUCAAGAUGCAUUCACAAAAUGUGUUCAUAUAAGGAAGUUCCUGGAUAUAUAAGGUCCGGAGCUCCACCGUGGACACAGAAACAAAAUAUCUUGGUAUAAUAAUCUGCCCAGAGAUAUUCAAGUUUGUCCACAAUGUGUUUGAAGUCACUGAACUUUGUCGCACUCGAGCUGAUAUUUUAAAACCCACGCUCGAUCGGACACUUUUAGCUUCGCAAAUCACUAAAAUAUAAACAAAAUCCUCAAUGUAGAAGUUUUCGCGUUGAUAUGUGGGCAGAAAAAGAGUUAAUCAUUAUCUAGUAAAUCUUCCCCAAGGUUUCAAAGCAACCAUAGUUUUUUAAACGUGAUCGUUUCGCGCAGAUUAAUUUUGCUUUGUGUUGUCAAGUUGAACAUGCAUAACACCUGUCAAAAACCUGCGCGUAAGUAAGAUUUCCUUCAAACAAAGUUAAAGUUACAUUAUUGCAAAAACUUCUUUCCAAUUAUGUAUAAGAUUUAAUUACCGAUUGAGGUCACUUAAAGGACCAUAGACGCCACUUUAAGCUGGCAAAGAGAUGCGACAAGCAAAAAACAAUUCCAUCAUGCAUAAAAUUCAGCUUAAGAGCAAAAGAUCAGUUGCAAGCUUCGCAGCGAAGCCAUGCCGGCAGUUGUCGUUCUCCGUUACUUCACUGCGAAUGAAACGAAAAUUUGCGUACAGAAAGAUAACAAAACUAUGUAAUUAAAAGUGAAAAAGCUAAAGGAUUAAAACUCUGACUAUUAUUACUUGAGCAACAGAAAAAUGAUCGAAGUAGUCUUUUCUUCUCGAGUAAGCUUGCUGGCCUUCUAAAGUUCCAUGAAAGUUUUUCAAACUUAAAAGCUUAAAAGCGUACAAGGUUGUUCACUCGCAUGCGUUAGCCGUUACGGUUCUUUGACUGAAGACAAGGAUAAAGCUGGUUCUGCAAAGGUAAAUAAACCUGGGCAUGGAAGAAAGGUAACGAUAACCUCUAAUAACAGAAUACAAGCAGGUUUUAAUUCAACCCGGCGAAAGAAGGCGAAGCACUGGACACAAAAUCAACUCACAAAUCGAAUACACAAUUGACCACAAUUAUCAGAAAAAUACAAACCUGUUUGGAAAUGUUCAAAACGUUUUAUUCCACCUCAGACUGACGGAAUGAUCUGUUUUUUACUCUAACAUUGGUUGUUCUGAAUCCAAAGUAAUUUUCAAAUGACGAAAAAACAACAACAACAAAAGCAAAAAAAGAGCCUUUACAACGAGCAAACGUUCGCACCUCGUGUAUUUCAUUCAGUCUCAGUCAGGACUCUCACAGAACGAGACAAACAAACGCAGGCGAUAAGGGAUGCGUAGAUGCUUGCGCAGAACGUUUUUCCGCCCUGAAAGACCAACAUUGACGUCACGUAGUCUCCAGUCUAUCACGCGGCCAUUUCAGAAACGUUUUCGUGAACUCUUCGGAAAUGCUCGGAUUUUGAUCUUUUAUCUUUCUAUAAAGGCUUGGGAAGAAAAAUCUUCACCCAAAUCGCACUUAGGAUGGUUCUUUUUAGUGUUUGGUGAAGGUAAAGCGACAAAAGAAAAUAUGUCAAUUUUUUGGUUCAUUUGACGUUUAAUAUUUUUAUCAUAUAACCAGCUCCCAGUUGGUUUUAUAGCUUAAUUGGUUAGAGUGCUGCACCGGUAACGCAUCCCGGGUUCCAAUCCCGGCAAGCCUGCAUUUUUUGACCGUUUCUUCUCGCAACUACAUAAGUUGCGUAUUUCACUGUGAUGAUCUUCUCUGAAUUAAUUUAAUAUACUCAAACCUCCCCUUGCCUGUUCCAGGAUCUCCGUUAGUGGGAUGACGCAUAAGUAAAAGGCAAGGGAAAUUGUGAGCGCGUGAUCUGGGAAAAGGGGGCGGUGGCGGAGAAAAGAAUGGAGAGAGAGGAAGGGAGACGACCUUCUUCUCCCAAUUUUCCUCCCGUUUUAUUUUCGUGUUCGCGCCUUCUCAACUUCUUGGACCCGACAACCUCGGAGCCUGGAACAGGCUAAACCUCCCCGAGCAACCAUUCAAAAUUAGAGGAUUUCUUGGUCUCUUUUGAAAAAGGCAGAGAAUUUAUCGCAAACAUACAGUGGACAAAAAGACGCCGCAACAUUCACCAAGUGGUCGCUUACAAGAGGUGAAAAACAAUGGAAAACUAUAAGACCGUCAGGCCAAAAAGUGGUCGAGGUGGCUUAUAGGAGGUGAUCGUUUACGUGAGUUCUAACUAUAGAGCUUUCACGCGGGGAAAACUUCGGUGUUUUGAAUAGAUGGUCGCUUAUGGGAGGUGGGCACUUACGUCGCGAGAGGUGGUCGCACACGGAGGUUCGACUGUAGCACAAAAAGAGGUUCUAGAUGAAACUGAAAAACAUCAUUAUUAAAAUCAUGUGAACAUCCCAAGCCUUAAGUGUAUGGAGCCUUAGUGCCUUUGUCCUCAGCCUAAUAAGAUUUUAGUCUUUAAAACGAUGCUGUAAAGAUUGAGCAAGUUCAAGAUCAUUUAGGGAAUACUCUGAAAAUCUUUCAUGUGCAGAGCCCGGAUAGAUUAUGACGCUUUUCGAAACUUAUCGACAGCAGCCCAUUAUACACGUGAUUCACUCCAUGACUAACCAAGGUCCCUUUCCUUAGCACCUGAAAGGAUUAGUCUGCCUUUAUCAUCACAAGACACCAUGAAAGGGUACCCAUUGAUGGUCUCUUGUUUAACAUUAGAAAGAACGAAUUGAAGGUUUUGAAAAAGUUCGUGACUUCGAACACACGUACCCAAAGUAAAGAAAAAUAAGCGUAGAAAGGCUGCAUCCAUAAUAACUUCUUAAACUUAACUGUUAACCUCUCUUCAAAAUUUUUUGCACAGGCAGCCAAGACCACUGGUGCAUGGAUUAUAACAGGGGGGACAAACACCGGCGUAAUGCGUCACGUAGGAGAAGCAGUAAAGGGUCAUACAGUAAUGUCACGAGGGGCAAUGCUCACAGAUAAAACGUCUCAAGUGCACUUGAUCGGAAUCGCUCCAUGGGGCAUUGUAGAGCACAGGUCUGAGUUGAUUGGAGAGGUAAGAAGCAUUUUAAAAGGCACUUAGUAGCGCACACGAGGAAGAUAUUAUGUUCGCCUGUCUCUUGAGCGUGGAACAACAACAACAAGUCUUUAAAUAGGAAACAGACUUUGCAAUAGUGAGAUUCUGAGAGGUCGUGUGAAAGAAAAAUUAAUAGGUAAAUAAAUAAAUAAUGCUAAUAAAGGGAACAAGUGGGAACCUAAAAACAUAAAUUGAAGCUAGCUGGUCUAAACUAUCCUGAAUCUCCGACAGGUCCAAGAAUAAUAAUGUGCAAACAUGCAUGACCGCGUUGGAAAACUAUUUCAAACUUUAAGGCAACCUUUUCUUAGGAACGGUAUGUCUUUAACUCUUAUGGGCAAAGCAAACGAGAGUCAGUUGGCAGCUAUGUCAAAGCCAAGGGUUCCAAGAGGCAGCCAAAUGGCAGCAAAAACAAACAAGGGAAAAAACGUUUCCCUACCAGAAUUAAGACGACUUGGCAAUUAGAGGUACAAAAAUUGUGGUAACCAACACAAACAAAACCGGCAUACAACCGAAAAUACGGUCACAAAUAGCAUCAUUUUGAAGCGUGUGUAUGGCCAAGAAGAAAGAUGAGGUACCCGCGUUAAACACUUACAAGAAAGCCACGAUAGCCCAGUUUCUCAGACUCUCACUUCGUAUGUAGAGUCCUGUGGUUAUCGAUUGUUUGCAGGCUCAGCUUCUUUUGUGAACACAAUAAGCUAGGUGCGACCUGUAAUGUACUCAACUUUAUACAAUGAUGUGAAUGCUACGCGCGCUGUGAUUGGUCGUUGCCUAUGAUCUAUCCGAGUACAGAUACAUAGAUGACGUCACGGGAAACUUGUUUUCUUUGUUUUGUUCAACAUGGGGCGCGGUUUUAAAAAUGUUAGUGAGAUUAUUUCGGGUUAAAGCAAGUAAAAGCCUCGAAAAAAGAUGAGCAGGAGCUAUUUACAAAAAAGAAAAAUGGAGAAAAGGGGACAAAAAGAGCUCUUGAGUACUUAAGAAUCCCCAAACCUACAAGAAAUCUUCACAACAGUUGCCAUCGUGUGUCAUCGCUACAAGAGACUCGCUGUUUUGCAAAAUGUUUUCGCCAAUAUUCUGCUUUAAGCAGGAAAAGAAGUUGAAAACUGAACUUUUCGAAGAAAAUGUUUGCAAGUAAGAUAAAGAAAAAAAGAAGAAGCAGAGACGAAAAGUAGCGCUUGCGGACUUAAAAAUUGCCUAAACCAGAACAAAUCCUUGAACAGCAGGUAUGUGUAUCGGUCUAUUUUCUUUUCUGAUCAUUGUAUAAAACAAAUAGAUUCCAUGUUGCCGUGGGUCUGUUCAGUAAUAGAUUAUAGAGGAUGUCACAAUGUGGUAAAAAUAUCAGUGACACACUCGCCUGCGGCUCGUGUGCCACUUCUUUGUUUUUACCACAUUUUGACGUCAUCUGUGAUCUAUUACUGAACAGACGCGCGGCAACAUUGAAUCUAUUUGUUAAAUAGAGACAUCGAUUAUCAAGCAAGAAGGCAACCCUCCCAUGGAAAAAGGCAAAACCUAGCUUAAGUUAUUUCACGGCUGCCUGAAGCCUUUUGACGAAGUCCUCCUGCAAGUCUCACAUGGUGGAAGCUCGCAUUUUCCCAAGUUUCAAGUCUCUAGCGAAACAAAUAAGACUUUACUGUCUGCAGAAACCUUUCAAAAAUUGAAACUUCUCAAGUUACCAUCUCAGGCUGAAGUUCUUGUCUUGUAUGACAAAACAGCUCUCUUGACAGUUUAAAGUGUACGGCUGAAAGAUUAUUGGCGAUUUCUUCAAAGGUCUUGGACAUAUUGGUUCAGGUUCAGCUUUGUACCUGAUCUUUCAACAGUUCCAGCACGGCACACCUCUAGAUGUAGCCCCAAAAGAAUGAAUGAAAGCAAAGCUCAUAGAUCUAGAAAGAAACGUAAAGGAACAAAUCAGCAAUGUGGUAGUGGCAAUCAAGCCCGGUAAAAUACGAAUAUGCUUAGACCCUGCCUCAAGAACUGAACAAGGUAAUUCAGCGUCCUAAAUACCUAAUUCCUGCACUUCAGGAACUGUUACCUAUUGUAAGCUGUCCAAAGACAGAAUCUUCAGGAAAACAAAACGAGAAAGAUGGCUUUUACCAAAUCAGUCUUUACGAAGCCAUCAGCAAAUUAACAAAGUUUUGGAUUUCCAUUUUCUGCCAUCGCUAUCUCAGCAUGCCCUUUGGAAGCCUUUCUCCAGAAUAAUUUGGAAAGUAACCCACAAGAGAAAAGUUCAGGGACAACAUCAUAGUUAUGGGAUUUGGCGAAAGGGAAGAGGAAGCAGUCCUAAAACCAGAUCCUGAUAAAGUGAAAGUCGUAGAGGAAAUGCCCCAGCCAAAGUGCAAGCAGGAAGUUCUAAUUCUCCUUGGUUUCAUCAAUUAACUCUUAUGGUUUCCCAGACUUGCAUAAGUAUAGCACAGCCUCUAAGACGUAACAAUUAAAGACGACAAAUUAGACGGUCUUAAUAGCCUAAAGCAGCUUUCCAGAAAAUUAAGAAGCUUGUAGUCAACCACCCCAUACUCAAGUACUAAUUGCAAUGAAGAUGUCAUCUUCCAGUGUAGUGCCAGUGAAAGAGGAUUAGGCCCAGCUCUUCCAUAGACCGGUCAUCCGGUAGCGUUUGCUUCAAAGAAUUACAUAUCAACAUAGGGAAGGUACGCUUAAAGAAAAAGAGUGCCUUGCAAUCGAGUUGGCACUUGCAGAGUUGUUGUUAAACCUAUAGCGUUUUGACGUUCUCGUUGCCGUGGUAGCCGUCACAUCUUACCUCCCAAAUAAAAGUGGAUAGCGUCUUCAAAACAGUCCCACAAUGCAAUUCGGGGGAAAGCCAACCAUAAAGGCUCAAGUCCCCACUUCAAAAUGGCCAAUCAGACGCUCUUGCCUUGAAACUAUCCACAUGGUUGACAAGAAUAGUGCAUACGACUAUCCGUAGGCGACCACUUUGCAAAUAACCUUAGAGUCUUUCGCAGUCAAACACUGUUUAAAAACUCUCCACUCCUCAAAUUUCAUAAGCGAACGGUUUCGAGUCCAGAAAUGUGAAAAUUUCUUUGUGUCUUGUUUUCUGGAGGGAAACCUGUUUUUCACUUAGAUAUAUAAAAUUGCAAUUGUAAUUAUAGUACAAAUUAGCGUGGCGUUGUUUAUCAAAAUUUGUGAACACCUACACGAACCAAACUCGCAGGUGCAAACCAAUAAUAAGCAACUAGUAUGUUAUGCCUGAUUUAUAUGUUUCUCUUAAGAGAGCUUGACAUUUCCUUCAACUUAAGUAGUUAAUAAAGAGUGGCUGCUCAGUUUAUAAAGCAGUAGAUAAUAAACUCUUAAUGACUCCUCCCUCGGGAAACAGUUAAUUUUGUUUCCCCAGAAUCGGCCUCGGGAAACAUUGAGAUUCGAGGGAAACAAAAUUAACUGUUUCCCGCGGGACCAGUCCUUAAGCGAGUUGUUAUACAGCUGGAAUUUUUGAAGCAGAAAAUUCAUUAAUUCUCGCAGGAACAGCUGUCGUCGGUCAACAUUCGCGGGUAACGGUGCACUGUUACCCUCUGACGUCAUAGAUUUUUCAAUGUUACCCGCUCAGAGAUUUUGGCGGGAAACUGUUUUAGUAUUAGAUUUCAUGUGACCUCGAAGUAAACAAUAAGAGUGCACGCGGUUGCGAAAACAUUUCCAGCUAUAUAACAAUUAUAAUUAGUGGAUUCAUUUCGUUUGUGGCGUGUUUUCUUGAUUUUUCUGGCAAACGACCAUCUUCCGUCAGCGAAAACUUUCUCCUGAACCAAAGGUGGUGGGUCAACAGCGAGUUGACAGUACACUCAUUAUCUUUUUAUACCCAGGAUGUUGUUACAUAUCACAUGACGUCAAGCUUAGAGAUCCAGGGAUCGUGUAUGGACAACAAUCAUUCACAUUUUUUGCUGGUGGACGAUGGCACUGAAGGCAAAUACGGAGGAGAGAUCGCAUUCCGUGCAAGACUUCAAAACUGCUUAUCAAAUAAAGAGAUUUCCAAAAGUAAUCUAAUUUUCUAAUAGUCUUUAACGUAAUCGAUGUGCGAGGUAUUACAGCACCUCAGCACCUUUAUAUAAAAAAUUUUUGGUUCGAAAGGGUUCUUCGUUUUGCGAGAGAGGACGCUUGGAUUUCCAGGCUUUUGCGUGACGCGGCAUUUAGCUGACGGCCAGGAAAGCUCUUAUGUGGGUUAAAAACGUUACCGAUUUUGAGAGAUUUUGCUAUCUAAACAUUUCUUGUCUCAGAAUAAGUAUUACUUAAUAUUUAUAAGUUCCUCAAGCGAAGAAUUCACGCAUUAGUAGGAAGACUCGGAAAGAUACAUGAUGUAUGUUUCUGUUAGCUUCCGGCGGCCAUAUUGGAGUCCCUUUCAGGGACACCAACACGGGGUUUCCAUGCAAAGCUUUAGAAAUUUGGGUAAAACGUUUUUCCGAAUAUCUCACGUCUAACAUAUUGCACAGACCUGAUUCUUAGCAAAGCCUAUAUUAUCUUCUUUCAUUUCCCAGAUUCUUGACUUUCUGUAUUGAAUGAUUUGCAUUUCUAUUUUUCAUGGCUUGACAGUGCAAACCGAGAAUUUAGAUGAAAAUUCCCAGAAAAGCAAGUCAAAUGGUAAGAGGUUCAGUUUUUUUUCUAAUAGUCUUUAACGUAAUCGAUGUGCAACGUCACCCCGAAACAGUCGUUUGGAUAGGUUUUUUUACAAUACCUGCGCGGUCGUUUUCCUUUUGUUCAAUAUAGCACUCUCUCACAAGCCCAUGAUAGCAAUUGAGAGCUUCUACCGCAUUCAUGGACAUUUGAGAUUCAUUUUGGGAUUAUUGUUUCUAACUUUCGUCACCACAAUGAAACGAGGCUCAAGCUCUCUUUCAAAAGUCUGUCAAGAAUUCGUGUUUUUUGCAACGACCCACGUUACUUGUUGCCAGUUGAGAUGGUUUGCUUUUUGCCAUAUUACAGGGAUUGUGAAUACAUCGUUGUAAACAUCUACGUUGCUAAGAAGAUGAAUCCGUAUUUGGAAUAGCUCCCCCACUGUUACGUGGGUAAUCUUUUAAAGGCUGGUUUUCACUAGCAACGGAGUCGGAGUCGGAGUCGUAAGCGGAGUCGUAAGAGCGCUUGACCUCGUGAAAAUCAAAAAUCGGAGUCGUAAGCGGAGUCAUAAGCGCGACGGAAUCGGAGUCAGAAGAAUCAGAACGUUUCCAUUUUCUUCCGACUCCGCUCACGACUCCGUCGCUUACGUUCCGCUUAUGAUCUAGUGAAAAACAGAUUGUCGGAGUCGGAAGAAGAAGCGGAAGGACCAAACCAAUCACAAAGCGUGGGAACGUGCAUUCUGAUUGGCUUAUCCUUCCGCUUCUUCUUCCGACUCCGAUCAGAAUGCCAAUCAGAAUGCACGUUCCCACGCUUUGUGAUUGGUUUGGUUCUUCUGUUUCUGCUUCCGACUCCUACAAUCCGGUUUUCACUAGAACAUAAGCGGAACGUAAGCGACGGAGUCGUAAGCGGAAUCGGAACGCUGUUUUCACUAGAUCAUAAGCUCUACUCUUCUGAUUACGACUUCGACUCCGACUCCGUCGCUAGUGAAAACCAGCCUUUAGAGGACGGGUAGCUUGCAAACCAAACUGAACGCAGGGUUGUCGGAACAGCAACAAGAAGAUUUAUUCCAAAAAUGAACGUAGUUUCCACGAAGUAAAACUCCACAACAGCACGUAACUCGAUAACUUACACGGCCUUCGCCAACUUCGAUUAACUUGAUAAACUUACACGGCCUCCGCCAACUUGAAUUAACACUGCCUUCGUCACACUUGACUAAACACGACCAACGUCAAACUCUCUUCGCUUGUGAAAACUAGUUAAAAAUUAACUCGAACUGGCCUACUUAUAUACUUUUACAAUAAAGUUCUAGAACUUUCUAAAUAGUCUAAUUAUAGAAAAAUAACAAAAUAUACCGCUUUAGAAACGCUUACGCAAGAUCCUAAAAUAAACAAACUACGAACUCUCGCGAAGCUUCUAGAAUGUCACGUUUAAAAGUCACGCAAAACAAUUUUUCGUAACUCCCACUGAUACGCGAAUUUUGCAAAAGGAAGUGGGGGGAAGGCCUGAAGUGAACGACUACUACUACUACCACUACCCCUUUUUUAUUUCCUUUUUUUUAGAAGAAUAACGUCCUUUCUCUAUUUAAAACUAUUUAGAUGAAAAUUCUCAGCAGAGCAAGUCAAAUGGUAUUCCUGUGGUACUGGUUGUCCUUGAGGGAGGUCAGAACGCUAUUCGCACAGUGUUAGAGUCAGUUACAAGGACUCCUGCCGUGCCUGUAGUCAUUGCGGAUGGUAGCGGCAGAGCCGCUGAUAUUUUAGCAUAUGCCUACUCGCUGUAUAAAGCAAAUGAAGGGUUCGUAUUCCUUCUUAUAAUGUUUUUUCUUUUUAUGUCCAGAAGGCAUGAGAAGGCAUGGCAGUUGCGUUAACCGGUCAUUGUUGGACUGUACAUUUACUCAAACCAGGCUCAGUGUGUUAUCAAAAUUUUUCUAAAAAUUGGAUAUACCUUGAAAUCAUGCCACUAAAGAUUUGGUGGCAAUCAUGUUUUCAGAGUCUUAAGACUAUGAGUUUCUUUGAGGGAGGAAUCAUCGAAAAGCUCUGGCUAAAAGACAAAACACAUUUUAACACUUCACACGGUUUUUGCUAUGUUGACAGGUUUGAUAUGAAGCACUUUCCUGAGGUUGCAGAGCACGAAAUACUUAAACUGAGAAUCGAAAAAGCCUUCCCAAAGAGCUCUGAAAAGGAAUGGUUUGAGUGUUACUAUAAUGUACUUGAAUGCGUGAAGAAAAGUCAGUAUGUAAGUUGAGAAAACGAAUAAUUUUAGAUUGUUUUAGCCUUUUUUGUGAAUCUCAAAUAAAUGUCAUGAUCUAUGCUGGGUAUCUCAUCCCAGAUUCGUCUUACAGUAUGUUGCCCAGUAUCCGGACACUUCAGUUUAACAUUACAAUAACUUUCCUUUCAUGAUCGCACGAAUUUUGAAAUUUGGCCCAGAGACAAUCUAUUUAGUCGAUCCUUAAUAUGACGAAAGACAGUUUACUUUUUUACCUUCGUUUCCAUCGAGAAAUUAAUAUUUUUGCGGAGCUCCUAUGUUGCCCAGUAUCCGGCCACAACAAUAACAACGUAAUUACAAUAUAUACAUGUAAUUUCGACAGGCAAGUGACUUAUAAGCUCCUCUUGCACUUGCAAAGUAGUCUGGGAACCUAGCAUCGUGAAACAAAAUGACUGGGGUGUGCGGGGAAAAUUACGCAAGCGGCUGAUCAAGGUUGGAGAUGCGAAGAGAAAAAAUGAAAACAGAAACUAACAAAAACACAAUUUUUUUCCCUAUAAAAUACUUUGAAAUGUUAAUUUGUAGUAAGUGUUUUUCGUGCCAUUUCUUCACACUGCGACACGCACUUGUCAACAUGGUCUAAUUAACCACACCGUCUCCAGCGGAUUGAUGGUGUGGCCACUGCAGGGAACUCUCACAGGAAAUGCCCGUUUGUUCAUUGAAACGCAAGAAAUUUGAAUCAAAAUUGCAUACUGGGAGAUAAUUUAAUAAAAGGGGAAGGAAUAAAAAAAUGAUGAAACUCUUAAACCACCUCAGCUUGGCUUGCUGUCUUAAAUGGUAUAAUUCUUUCUUCCUUGUCUAGGAACUUUUUCACUGAUUUAAGGAACGCAUCCGUGGACAAGCCAAAGCCGCGGUUUGCAAGCUCAAUCAGCCAAUCUGCGAACUGGAUCUUAUUUUCUUUCAUUUUUUGUUAAAAAAAAAAACCUGGAGAAGGGCCUUUCCGACGGUCAAUUUAAGGUCACUCUCCUACUUAGUCUGACCAAGAGCCAUAAGAGAUCAGAGCUCUUUGUCUGACCUGCAGUGUUCAUUUCUUCAUGCUCAGUCCCCACACUUGGGCUGCUUUUCUAGCACUAAUUUCUCCUACUUUCACAUCUCUCAAUCCCUCUGGGGAAUUUUUUAGACCCGUUGCAACCCCAUUCUACCACAGGUAGCCUAAGCUCGAAAUAUGAGCGUCGGCGAGCAUCGGCAUUGUCGGGUAACAUUCAAAAUAUAAAGAUUUGUAUGGGGAAAAAACCUAUCGUUUCUGUAACCUACGAAAAUGAAAGGAUUUCGAUAAAAAACAGCUUACCUCAACCUUUAUAUAGACAGAAAACCGUUUACAUAAAAACCCAUAAAACGGCCAUAAAUCGGCCCGUGGACCACACAGGAGAGACUUAACACACAUUUUAAGUAAGGUAAGCUGUUUUUUUAUUGAAAUCCUUUCAUUUUCGUAGAUUACAGAAACGAUAGGUUCUUUUUCCCAUUCAAAUCCUUAUAUUUUGAAUGUUACGCAACAAUGCCGAUGCUCAUAUUUCGAGCUUGGGCUACCUGUGAUUCUACCAGUCACAACUGGGGGAUUUGUAUGAGAAUUCCGGGUACAAUUUCGGCGCUUCCGGUUAUAGAAAAUGCAGCAACGCGAAACAAGCCGUGCACACGAAAUCAGUUCGCCUCUGAAUGAGUGAAGAAAAUUUCCAAAGGGUUGAGUACCGAGAAUUACAUUAUACAGAUUAUAUUAUAUAUCCUAAGCUUUAAUUAUAGUUAUAGGUAUGAAACAAAUCUUGUUCGGAUAUUGUAUGCAGCUAAUUCACCGACUCUGCACUGCAAGGGAAAUCAAUACUUAGUGAAUGCUUCUCAAUCUGGCCUCCGUUAUUCCAAACAAAUUGAAUUUCAAGAAGAAUUAAUGAAUUUUCUGACAACCUGAAUUCUUUAAGUAUCUUUACGUUAAAUACAAAACAGUUUCUUUGAAAAUAUCACAUAUUACCAACCCUUAUUUGAACAGCACUAGUUUUACUGCGUAGUAAAAAGCGUCCAUGAAAAGUUUACUCACCUGAACAGAACAGCGCCUUCUGCAACAGUUUCUCAAGCAGUAAACCAACUUGUGUUCAGCUUCCAUUCGAAAUACUUCGUUUACCGAAAACUAAAAAGGGCGCUGCAAAAAUUGAGUCUUUUUUUAAGAGGCCGGAUACUGGUACCGGCCGGAUACUGGGCAACAUACUGUAGUCAAGCUUUUUCAGAGAAAGUUGACAUUUAAGGGAAAAAUAUAACAAGAAGAAUUUUGUCAGUGCCACUCGUUUACUUAGCUGUUCAACGUCCUUCCUACAGAUCACAAUAUUCCAUAUGGACGACGAUGGUAUUGACAUCGACAAGUCGAUUUUAAAAGCUAUUUUGAAAGGUUUGAAAGCACUUUUUAAGCAGUUAUUUACAAUGUAUGACAGUAUGAGGUAGGCCAUUUCAUUUUCGUUAGAGGAUACGGUAAUAACAAUGGCAUUAAUUGCUAUCAUGCUGUGUAUUCUUUGUUCCUUUCAAAUUUUAGCAAGACCGAAACGAUACUUAAUUCUGCUGGACCUGGAAAAUAAAGUGAUUAGUCAUUUCAUUAUUGAAAGAAAAAAUAGAUGAGGCUAUUAUUCGUUUGCUUUUGCAGCGCAAAGUGCUUCGCCUUCUUACCAGCUUGAUUUGGCCUUGACAUGGAACCGAGCUGAUAUUGCUAGAACUGAGAUCUUUACUAAAGACCAAAAGUGGAAGGUAUGGGUGUAAUCGUGCAAGUUUAUAUUGUUGUUGCAUUACAUUUUUGUACUUGACCAGGUGAGGGCCAAGAAAUUACACUUGAUAGAAAACCGAAAAGCACAGUGGGAGGCUUAGACACAAAUGUAAGCUCGGUAUGAAAAUUCUUGUCUUAGCGGAGCUCCACGGAACUCCACGGCGGAGCCCCAUAGCUAAGGAAAUGUGGUACCGACCGUCCGUCCGCACCACAGGCAUAACAAUGCAAAAUGACUCAAUCAACAGGUAUGGCAACCCAAAUGCAACUCAACGUUUUAAUUGGAACGAAAUCACAUGGCCGCCCCGACUUUUAGAAAGAAAAAAACAACAAAGUCGUGUCUUUUUCGGCGUUAUUUUUUAUGUUUACACUAACGUGGAUAACAGAGAAAGAGCUAGAGCGAGUUAUUGAAAACAACGGAGACGAAUUUCGUAGAGAGAAAAAUAGGAAAGUCAAAGCAGCGGUGAGAAAAUGAGAAAUGCUAGCGGCCAGCAAGGUGAAAAUGAGCGGCGCUGAAAAAUAAACGCGAACAUGAACACAGGAAAUAAAAUAUUGGGUAAACACAUAAGACAAUUCCUCCAUAAAAAUAAUGUGUAACUAGGACGUUUGCCGUUUUAGUGGUACAAAACAGCCUUGUAGUGGUGCAAAACAACGGCAAGGGAAAGAGAAAAAGCGUGCUGCACGUGCAAAUUUGCUUUUUGCUAAUUAGAAGAAAAAGUGUGCUGCACGUGCAAUUUGUUUUUUUGCUAAUUGUCGUCUCCCUUCAUCAGUAUUAUUAGCCAGAGCUUUGCUUUGGGCCCUGGCUAAAUCUGUAUAUUAUUGAAGGUUAUUUUGUAAUUGACAAGGACCGAAGGAAUUUUAAAAAACGUUAGACUUGUCUCCUUGAAACUCAAAACACGAAAAAUGCUAGUUGAUCGUACAGCUAAAAUAGAGUACUUUUUGCCCCAAAUUUCGGUCAGUCAGAAAUGACUUUUAAUCAGUGCUGCGAAAUGCUGAUGAUGGUUAGUUUUUUUGACGAGUCCAAUCUGAAUAUCGAGAAGUAAGUUAAUCCCUCUUUAGUUGAUCCCCAGGAAGAUGUAGAACAUUUCUCUUGGUGGCGACAGUAACAGGGACAGGGGAUGAAAGAGGACUCACGUCCUAACUGAUAUCACCCCCUUAUUACCAAACCAGCCCAUAAAAGGUUGUCCACACCGCCGGGGUCUACGCCCCCUACCACGGACUUAACAAACAAUAGUGUGGUUUCUUUACGUCCCACAACAACCAGAACAGUAGAGGAGUGGAGAGACCAAGCCUACGAGUUUUCGUCGUUAUCCGAGAAGACUACAACGUCUAACCAUCUUUAGUUGCCAAAGGAGAGGGAGUAAUUUUAAAACUCAGAGGUUUGAACCACACCCUGCGACCGAGCGGUUCGGCAGGCCGUCCCUUAGCUUAUCCAGUUAAGGUAGUUAAGUUAACAGGGCGGCUGGGAAAAAUUUAGCGCAGUAAUAUAUUUCCUCCUAUGUUGAUAGCUCAACCGUAGGCCGAGGCGGAUAACACCCUCCUCGAUCUCCAUAAUUCCUCAUAUGAUACGAAAGCCGAAUUCAAUAAUUGUUUUAUUAUUCAUUCAAAAUAAUCCCUAGUUUAAAAACAUAGCUAAAACAAGCUUACCUGCAUCAAUGCUAAGUUUAUCGUCGGUAGUUUACGUUUAGGUUUGUCCAGCUCCACAAAUAUUCUCCAAAUAGCAGAUGUCGCCCUCAGAGUUGUCUUCUUGCUUUUUUUGCUAUGUUUUAGCCAUUAUUUCGCCUAGUUCCAGCUGUAGUUCUUACUCUUGAAACGAGUGAAGUGUCCGCCAUUUUAGUUAAACAAAAACAACUCAAUCUCGUCCCCAGGUCAUCUCGGUUAACGGUACAUUAACCUGUAGAAGGCAUUUUUGACGUCAUUUCCUCGUUAAACACAAACUUCAUCCAAAUUUGGUCAUCAGUAACUAGUUAUGGUGAAUUAUGCGUGUGCUUUUAGCCAAUCAGAAUUGGGGAAAUAUUUUGAAUGAGUAAUAAACAAAAUUAUUGCGCUCCUUCGAGAGCAAAAUUUCGCAAAUGCGAAAUACUCUCGGUGACGUCUCCAAUAGUGGCGUGUUAUUUAUCUUUAGUUACUAAUUUGCAUAUAAUGGCACUCGACAAGUUUGUUUUGCCAAAUAUUUGCUCCGAAAGCCGGACAAAUUGUUAAAUGCUAAAGAUCCAUCUUCAGACUAAUUCACUAAAAUGGAAGCCCAGUCUUUCAGCGUGUGGAAUACAAAUGACGUCCAGUUUUGAUGGAACAUAGUUUAAUCAUAUCGAUCGCUUAGUUAAACUAAGGUUGCAUUCAGUAGUUUAUCUUGACCAUUUGCUUUGUGCUGGCUUAUCCAACAGAUGGAGACCUUGGAAGAUAAGAUGGAGGACGCUUUAAUCAACAAUCGUGUGGAAUUUGUAGAUCUUCUUUUAGAAAAAGGUGUCAGUAUGAAGAAGUUCCUGACUACAGAUCGGUUAAAUAACCUUUUCGAGGCAGUGACCGUAAGUACAACACAUGACGACGUUCAUUAAUUCCAAAUCAUUGCUGUUCAGACGUAUCACUCUCCUGUUUUUACGUUACUUCUGGCCAGUGCUUAUGUCAGUCGUACAGGGAUGGGUUGGUGGUUGCCACUAAUGGAAGUGGAAUAGAGAAAACUUGGGAAGAGAAGCGUUUGAAUCUGCUUUCGGAAACGCUCUAACACAACACUCCAAUACAGCCGUAUUAUGCAAUAGGUCAUGAAGGAGAGUACUCAGUCCGUUCUCUUCAAAUGCAAAACCCUUGGUUGUGCAGCCAUCUCGUGAAGACAUAUUGAAACUGAUAUUAUACACCUCCACAAAUGACAUAAUUAGAAAAAAUGCCCCUAAGAGCCUUGGACUCAUAAACCUAGUCUAAACGGAAGAUGCCACUUUUUCCUUAGAGGCGUGAUCCACGGCCACUUGCCAGGAACCAGAGGCUAGAUCUAUUGCAGAAAAUCAUAUCGAGCCACUAAACAUUUCAUUAGCUUGAGAAAGGGUAAAGGAUCCUUCACUGUUGCUGCCAUUCGGUUAACGGAAAUAAGGACAUAAGUUUUGACCAAGAGCAUUUGUAUUUUUUCACCCUCCCCUGCUGGAGUUGUUAUACUAACGUCCCUUUCAUUUCAUCAUGCUUUUAUGUAAAGCUGCGACGGAGCCGCUGUCCGGUCGAGGAGCCAUUACUCGUCUUAACUUAUUAGGGACCUUACAAAACUAAGAUGGCGACGGCGACAGCGACGGCAAGGUCAAAAAGCAAUAGGUUUAGCAUCAACUCUGCACGUGCAUCACGCUUUUUUGUACAUUUCUUUGCCGUCAAAGCACGACUACGACGUAAAAGGACCAAAUUUUAAGUUGUUUUGAGGACAGGACAGGCAAGGCGAUAAAUUCUACCAUCCCUUUCUGAACUCGGGGGCGGCCCCGUUUCUUCAGCUCCAACAUAAAUUCCCUUCUUUUAAUUAACUGGGCGACUUGGGAUAAUCUUGAAAUGGUUUGAAACUUAUAUGCGGAGUCUAUUUUUCAGCGAGGUUUUCAUGGACGUCGCCGUUGUCUGAUCGUAAGGUCCCUUGUUUCACCGCUGUACCGUGGUCUUAUCUUAAGGAGAGAAGACAUGCUAGCAAUUAUAGAGCAACUCCCUAGCUAUUAGCUCUAGCUUUGUCAGGAGGAGGACUAUCCGCCUCACAAAGCUCAACAGAAACAACACUAAAACGGGCUUAAACAAAUCAACCACAGAGUCGGUGGCUGAGUUACACGUUUAAAACAUGUAGGGGAGUACUCUAAACAAUCCACUUAAACAACCACUAGAGUCCUUCCGACUAAAAUACCUUCCUUUCCAAAUGUUAAUUGAGUCAGGUUUAGUGAACAUAAGUUAACCAAAUACGGGAGAAAUUACUAAAUUUUAUUUAAAAGUAGUAGUGGAGUAAUUGAGCUCUUCUAAUAAUUGAUCUCUAAUAAUUCCAAAUAGUUUAACGUUUCGUUCUGACGCAGCAACACAGCCUCAGUAAAAAUUAAACCCUCUAUUAUUUUAAACAUUGAAUUCUCUGAACAUUCCAAUCGUCUUUCUGUGUUUCCGCUCUAGAGGCAGGGAUUACCAUCGAGGGUCGUUCUUGAAGAACUCAUUGGAAAAGACAAGGUAACAGUCUUAGUGUUUCAACAUAGACCCCCAACAUAUAUUUUAAGAUUAACUCUGGCAUUAACUAGUAUAAUAAACUGUCACUUGUAUAAGACUGGAAUGCUAUUCGUUGCAGAUUGACAAAGGCUUCAAAUUUUUAGAUGUAAUAGAAGCCUUAUGGCCACAUUUAUGGGGUACUCACCAGGGAGACGACAACAUGUGUCUUGUGGUAGGAACUCAACUUCUGCAAUGAUUCGUUCAAUAGACAAUAAAAUUCAAUUCUCUAAAUCUUAGUGCGAAUAAAGUGUACGUAGGUUCUGUAAUUGCAUAAACUGUACAAUAAAAUUACAAAGAGGAAACAACGAAUUCCAGUCAAAGUUAUGAGCCUUUCUGUAAACUCCAGGUCAUUAUCAUAAGGUUUUUCUCCCUUCUUUCGGCCAUUAGGGAGCUUAAGCAACGACGAAUUUGACGGGGAGUAAAAUUUCGUCACGUCGUUUACAAAGUUUGAUUGGUCAGUUAGCUUUUCUUCUCUUUCCAAAUACAGUACUUGAGAACUAUGAAUAUUCACGAGCACAUGUUAGAGUUACAUGUUUCAAGCCCUUAUGAGUUUCUAGUUUCUCUUAGCUAUCUAGAGCAGCACAGGAUCCCCAUCACUGUGAAACGAAACUAAAAGCACUACCCCCGACCCCGAGUGGGUGUUUUACUAACUCCCGAGAGAAAAGCCCCUAACCACUUCUCCCAUAACCAUCCCGUUACAACUAACUGCCCAUGGCUCUCCAAGAUGUCGAAAUACUUGUGAAACUGUGCAUGGAAAAUCCCACGCCUCUUCCUUCAUAGAGACGAAACACUACCCUCAAGAGUACAACGAGAAAUAAUUUCAAUAUUUCCCGACAAAGCCAACAAGGGAAAAUCAUUGUAUGUUCUUUUAACCGUAUAUUCAGUCUAAAUUAAAAAAGGGCUUCAAUGUUUUGCCAUUUUGUAAAUCAUUGAUAUGUACGGUUCAGUUUAUGACAAAGUUCAAAUGCUAGGAUGCUUCUCAAAUGAACCUUGUUUAAUUUUCGAGUCUUCUAAGUUCUGUGGUAGAGAAGAAGGUAAUUAAUUCGCCUCUUUUUAGAGAAAACGCAUAGAAGACGACCCUUACGAGGCAUUGCUUCUGUGGUCCGUACUCAGCAACAUGCAGCAAAUGGCGCUUUUCAUGUGGGAGCGAGGGGAAAAGAAUCUGGCGCGUGCUCUCAUAGCAGGAAAGGUGUACAAGCUGAUGGCAAGGUUGACACUCCGCGAUGACGCAAAGGCGGAUGUCACUGACGAACUCACAGCGAAUUUUGAGUAAGUGUUGCGAAUAUAACCUCGACAUUUAGAGUCCGCUGAUAACUUGUUUUACUGUAUGGCUGAAUCCUCCGAGGGAAAAAUGAAGUGAAUCCUGCGUUCCGAUUAGCUACCCGAGCGUGGGUCAUCUAUAAUAAUAAUAAUAAUAAUAAUAAUAAUAACAAUAAUAAUUGAGGCAGGCUCUAAUGUUUUCGAUCUGUAAAUCUGUGUCAACAAGGUCUAGCUGUCGUCUUCUGGAUCUUGAAACUCUCAAGCAUAGUAUCGCAGAGCGUACUAUGGCGAAAGAGACUAGUUCUUAUCUAGGAAAUUGCGGUUUAGUAACUUUCUCCCUUCUUAUUUGCGAUCAGCUCCGCAAGUCUGUUGUGGUACUUAACACACUCAUCCACCUGUGGUCGUGACAACUAAAGGAGUGAACGUUCCCUGUUUGAUCUUCAUUACUUUUUCCGCAUAAUGCCUUUUCUUCUCGUUCUCAUGCUUCUUGUAGAUCUGCUUAGGAGUCAAGUCUCUGUAAGAGUCUGCAUUAGGGUGACACACCCGAACAUCGAAGAAAGCAAAUCUCUGUCUCUCUCAAAAGCCUCGAGCAUGAAUAUCCAAACGGGCAUCAGGGGCUUUGUUAGCGCCAUGAUUUAAUGUCUCCCCAGCGACCUCCCGAAGGACCGGCUCUACUUCCACAUCAUUACAGACCAUCCUUAGCAUCUCUGCUUCCAAGUCGCGCAGUUCGUUAUGGCCCUGGAUAACAAACCCACCGCGCUGACACACCAUUGCGUGAUCCACGCUAAAUUGAACACCCCAUGCGCAGGUCAUGGGCGCGUCCGUUAUUUCCCAGCCGUACCGUAACUUACUAUGAUGAUAAUAAUAAUAAUAAUAAUAAUAAUAAUAAUAAUAAUAAUAAUAAUAAUAAUAAUAAUAAUAAUAAUAAUAAUAUUUACCCUCGGCAGUAUUUAUAGCACUUAUGCUACUGGGGUCGAGCAGAUGACUGAAACAAAUAAUUCAAAUUGAACUUAACAGGGUUAAGAAUCCCUGGCCUGAGGCAAACCAGCUGGCUAUUUACAAGCGUGGCCAAGGAUUUGAACUCGGAACUACCGUGAACAAAUCCAGCUGACGGUCAGGGCGGGACUUGAACUCGGGGCCUCUGAAUUACAAGUCCAGCGCUCUAACCGUUCGGCCACUCUGCAAAAUAAUGCAUACGUCUUAGAUGCGUACACUGACCACAUUUGUAAAGCAUGGUAUAGUGCUCUUAUACGGUGACAGCCAUAUAAGCUUAUCAAGACUCUAGAUUUCCAUUAAUAUUCAAUUAUUCAGUUUUUAAUCAAUGAAAAACAACAAGGUUUCGAUUAAAUUAUCUUUGAAAACAGCGUGGUUAUCCCAAAUUUUAUUUUUUUUCUUUUGUAUGCGCUGUACUUAUUCUUAUAUGAUUACAGUCAAGUCAGGUCAAGUGCACCCCCCACAAUUCCAUUAAUGAAUAUAUUAUUCGAAGGCUGAGUCGGUUGGCAGUUGCGGAUUUCAGAUUCAUCUCUACAUUCUUGCAUGCGUAAUGAGCCGUGAAUUCACACGCGAUUCAGUUACGAAAUUUCUACCAGCUCAGUUUCACUGAAUUUGAUGUAAAUGUCUUCUAAGAAUUUUCAUUCAUUCAAAGAUUUUCAAUCUGACCUAAUACAGACAAGUUCUCGUAAAUUAUUCACUGCUCAUUACGCAUACAGUAAUUCCGAUUUGAAUUUGACACUAGUUACGGGAACUACUAACGGAUUCAUUUUUCAAAUAACCAAUUCAUUAACAGAAUCUUGGGGGUACGCUUGACCUGUCUUGACUGUAAGGUCUUCUUUUCACUUUGGAAGCAAAUAACUAUCUGCCUGCGGCUAAAAGUUUCCUAGUAACUAAGAGCUGCUUUUUAUCUUGUCAGGGAGUUUAAGCGACUGUCUGUGGCCUUCUUAGAUCAGUGCUUUCGAACUAAUAAAGAUCGCACCAAGCAAUUGCUCAUUUACAACUUGAAGAACUGGGGCGGGCAGAGCUGCCUAUCACUCGCUUACGCCAUCGAACACGAGGAAUUUAUGGCUCAUGUUAGUUGCCAGGGUGUUCUCACCGAAAUAUGGACGGGAUAUUUGAGGACUUCACAGAAUUCCAGCCUCAAGGUUAGAAAUUUCCUUUUUACAACGUUCUUGACAGCGUUUAGAACGGCUCAAGGUGGAUAAGCUUGUUGUGUUUUUACAUAGAAGGGCUAAUCGCUUGCGACGUAGCGAAUACAACUUGAAAUGUAGCCUUCCUUUUCGUUUGGACUAAAUCAAUACGGAGCUUUAGCAACGACGACGGUGACGGCAACGAGAACAUAAAAAAAAUCAAUAAUAAGCUUAGAUAAGCAAACCAACAACACAUGCAUCAUGCUUUUUGCACACUUCUUUGACGUCACUGCUCGACUAUAACGUCAUAUCACCUUUGUCACGUUUUACUGAGGACGUAUUAAGGACCUUACGAUCCGACAACGGCGACGUCUAUGAAAACGUCGCUGGAAAAUAGACUUUGCAUCCUUUCACUUUUUUGCCCGAUUAUUCCAAGAGGCUCACUUACUUAAAAGAAGGGAAUUUAGGUUGGAGCUUAGGAGAAGGGGCCGCGCCCACGUUCUGACCCCGAGAAAUUGUAGAAUUUACCGCCUUGCCGUUCCCGUUCCCAAGUAAACUUAAAAUUUGGUCAUUUUACGUCUUAGUUAUGCAGGAACUGCAAAGAAAUGUACACUAAAAGCGUGAUGCACGUGCAGAGAUGUUGUUUUACUCAUUAAACCAAUUGCUUUUUUGACGUUCCCGUUGCCGUAGCCUGUGUACAGACGUCCCCCCUCCCUCAGAAAAAAAUCGAGAGAAGAGAAUUUUACAUAUUGAGCGGGUCCAAAUAGACACGAUUAAGUUUUAAAGAGCGCAAAUUCAUUUUUUAGUGACGUUUUCACUGCCGUCGUCGUCGUCGUUGCUUAAGGUCCCUAUUAAAACACAUGACGACAAAUUUCUCUUUCCACUUUUAAACUUUGUUUGCCCCUAAGAAUAAUUCACCUACUUGAACAUUUUUAGCGAGUUAGAAUAAUUGCAACAAAGUAUGAAAACAGAGAAGUCCUUUAAACAGUGACGUUUUCGCUGCCGUCGCCGUCGUCGUUGCUAAAGCUUCCUAAUUAUUGUGGGAACGCCACGACAGCAGAUACAAGUAGAACUUCUUUUCUGGUCUCUGUAGGCUGCAUGAGUCCGCUCCUAAGUAUUUUUUGCGUCUGUAUUUUAUCCCAUUAGAUCGUAUUAGGGCUUCUGAUUCCCACCACAGUACUUUCACUUGAGUUUCAUCAACUACCGGAAAAACAAGAGAAUCUUGGAACGGACAGUCCCAUCUCCAGCUCAGACGUUCCUGAAAAUGGAGGGAAUGAAGGAAGUGAAAAAGGGUAUGAGUGCAGAAUCUCUCUUAAAACAAUUCAAGCACUUUGCCUAUUGAUCGAGACGUGAAUAAUGUUGAGGUUGCUGUUGCUUAAGUAAUGAUCCAGGUAAGAAGGAAAGCAAUUUCUAUUGUUGUGGCGCAAUACGCUUUCCUCACAUAGAAAUGUUUUCAUUUUUACGCAGAGAGUGCAUAAAUCUACAAAAAGGCUGUUUACGAAAGAAAAUGUAUUUAAACUCCACUUUUAAAGGGUGUAUUUUUGUGUUAAAACAUUUCGACCAAUCACAAGAGUUGCAAACAAUGGCCAAGAAAUGUUCACAAUUUUACAUGAUCCGCACAUACGAUUUCUGUGUUACUUAGACUCAGACGAGAUUUUGUUAUAAGGAAGUUGGAUAGAAAAGAAAGGAUUGAUGUACAUGCUGCUUUGCGAAGAUUUCGUAAAAUUUGAUGUUUAAACCAAUCAGAACCUUAGUAGAGACAAUAGUAAAGUUAGCACCUUUUUGCAUUCCGACGUGUUCACUGCGUUUUGGUCCUUUCCUUCUUAUCUGGACCAUUACUUAAUAUUUGAUUGGAGGAAGUUUGUGAAAUUAUGGGAUUUGUCAAGAUAUUCUGAAAGAACAACAUCUAAGAGGCCUCCUUGCCAAAAACUAGCAUUUCGGGGCAUAUUGUUUCUGAGAUAUUAGCCCAGUGAUGCUCCAAUGACUCCAUACAAAUCCUUCUAAAUUUGACUCAGUUUGCCACACUAGGAACCGAGUCAAACUUAGAAGGAUUUGUAUGGAGUCAUCGGAGCAUCACUGGGCUAAUAUCUCCGAAACAAUAUGCCCCGAAAUGUUAGUUUUUGGCAAGUAGGCCUCUUAGAUCUUGUUCUUUCAGAAUAUCUUGACAAAAUCCCACAAUUUCACAAAUUUAAUUUUUAUGACGUUGUUGUCUAUAGAAAUUUAACUGCUAAAGCUAUAUGGCAGCAGAGAGACAACAACGUACUUUCCAGUCAAUUUACUGUGGAACAAAUGUUUCCCGUUAAUUCUGAACCAGAGGGUGGAAAGGGGUAUUAAAGGUUCAAGGGUCACUGAAUAUCAUUCUCAAGUCUGCGUUUACAAAAAGGAAUUAUAGCAUUAUUAUGAGUAACUAUAGCUUCUGUAUUAAUUGUCUCUUAGAAACAUUUUCUCAGCGAGUAAAUUCGACCUGAACAUAGUAUGGCGGGAAAAAGAGAAAGGAUCCCUGUGGAGGAACUUGACGUGGAGCGAAACGUUUAUAGCGUUCUACCAUGCUCCAGCAACUAAAUUUUGGGCCAACGUGGUGAGGGACGACUUUUUUUGUUUGAUUAUUUGUUUCUUUGUGACAUUUUUCUGCCAGUUUAAGAUUUAAAAUAAAGUCCUUGAUAAGUUGUAGCAUUUUUCAAAAGGCCAUAU